AUGUCGGUCCCAAGCUCACUCAUGAAACAACCGCCCAUUCAGUCAACGGCUGGGGCCGUCCUGGUUCGCAAUGAGAAAGGUGAAAUUUCGAUGGAAAAAAUGAAGGUAAAACGCUAUGUGUCAGGAAAGAGGCCAGACUAUGCCCCUAUGGAGUCCUCAGAUGAGGAGGAUGAAGAGUUUCCGUUCAUUAAGAAAGCCAAAGAACAAGAAGCAGAGCCCGAGGAACAGGAGGAGGAUUCGUCUAGUGACCCUCGGCUGCGGCGUUUGCAGAACCGUAUUAGUGAAGAUGUGGAGGAGAGAUUGGCUCGACAUCGGAAAAUAGUGGAACCUGAAGUGGUUGGAGAAAGUGACUCCGAAGUAGAAGGAGAUCCUUGGCGCCUGGAACGAGAAGAUAGCAGUGAGGAAGAGGAAGCAGAGAUUGAUGAAGGGGAAAGAAGGCGUGGUGGCAUGAUGCGCCAAAGAGCACAGGAGAGAAAAAAUGAAGAGCUGGAGGUCAUGGAGGUGGAAGACGAGGGAUGUUCUGGGGAGGAGUCCGAAUCAGAGUCUGAGUAUGAGGAGUACACAGACAGUGAGGAUGAGAUGGAGCCUCGCCUGAGGCCCGUCUUCAUUCGGAAGAAGGACCGGGUGACAGUUCAAGAACGUGAGGCUGAAGCAUUGAAACACAAGGAGCUGGAGCAGGAGGCCAAACACAUGGCUGAGGAGAGACGCAAGUACACACUCAAGAUUGUAGAGGAGGAAACCAAGAAAGAGCUGGAGGAGAACAAGCGGUCUCUGGCUGCUCUGGAUGCACUCAAUACUGAUGAUGAAAAUGAUGAGGAGGAAUAUGAGGCCUGGAAAGUUCGGGAGUUAAAGAGAAUCAAGAGGGACAGAGAAGACAGAGAAGCACUUGAGAAGGAGAAAGCAGAAAUUGAACGAAUGAGAAACCUAACUGAGGAAGAGAGGUGAGCUGAGCUUCGGGCAAAUGGCAAAGUCAUUACCAACAAAGCUGUUAAGGGCAAAUAUAAGUUCCUACAGAAGUAUUAUCACCAGGGUGCCUUCUUCAUGGAUGAGGAUGAAGAAGUAUACAAGAGAGAUUUCAGCGCACCUACCCUGGAGGAUCAUUUCAACAAAACCAUUCUUCCCCAAGUCAUGCAGGUCAAGAACUUUGGACGCUCUGGUCGUACCAAAUACACCCACCUUGUGGAUCAAGACACCACCUCCUUUGACUCAGCAUGGGGCCAAGAGAGUGCCCAGAAUACCAAGUUCUUUAAACAAAAGGCAGCUGGAGUACGAGAUGUAUUUGAACGGCCAUCUGCCAAAAAGCGGAAAACUACUUAGAGUUCAACUACUUAUUCUUGCAGCUGUGGGACACAAGGGGAAAUCUCAGCAUCUGGUUCUUCAUUUGUUUUUACUGCUAUUCACAUGGCCCCUGUAUCCAGCCUGCUGAACCUACUGCCAUACCUGUGGCACUGGGCAAACCCAGUCACUGAAAGUGCUUUGUGAGGUUUGGACUCAUGCUGAGAAGCCUGCAAAAAAAGCACUGUCCAGGUAGGAUUAGAGGC